AUGCCAAAGUCUUACUCUCCUUCAACAGCGCAGGCCGCUGGACCAUCCCUUGCUGGCCAGGGACUCUCACCGCUAUCACCUCCCUUCGUCCCUCGUUCCUGCAAGCCCAACGUCAAUCCUCCGCCUCAUCCCCGCCUUCCGAAAACUCAACCUCAGCCGGAUCUGAGGAAGAGUUCCGCAUAUCCAACACCUCCCUCACCUCCCUUGGCGCAACCCAAGGGCAGGAGUAUCUAUUCACGUCAUUAUCGACUACAUACCCUUCAACAGGGCAAACCCUCUUCAGUUCCAAGUAUGACUUCUCGGCCAGCCCCGAAACGCUAUUAUCCGAAAACGCACCCCCCGAAUAUUCAAUGGAAACCCCCAGUCUAUCGACACCCAUCCUCUUUUCGAGGCGAAUACCGGAAUGCCACGAAAGCCGAACGGGCCAGAAUAUGCGCACCUCAUACUUAUGCCCCUUGUCCAGGUGGGACUUUUCCAUUACGAAAUAUGGUUCCUUCUACCUUCGUUCCUUUGAACCCUAUCACGCCUCCCCACAUUCCUUUUAUUCCUCGAACUGUAAGAAAUUUCCAGCAGUUUCCUCAGCCCAAUCCUGUUCGCUUUCAUCGUUCCAGCACCACAGAUGCCCAGCAAACCUUUUGUCAUCACUAUACUCAACAGUGGAGACUCGAGGCGAUGGAGAGAGUGGCCAUGUGUGUGCGAGAGUUUGUAGAAAUGAUGGACCAACGAAGGGGAGAGUUUCAAAUUUGGCUGAUCCAGGCCCAGCUGUUACUGGAAACUCUUGCCCCCUGA